CCCACCCCCUCGGACUGCUCAUGCGCGGUAGCGCGGGGAAGCGAGCCGUCGCUGUCGCCGUGGCAGCGGGAUAGAGGACGGCGGGACCCUGUUGAUUGUGGUAGCGAUGGAAGCCCUGGGGGAGGCCGGCCUGCACUUCGACGAACUCAACAAACUCAGGGUCUUGGACCCUGAAGUGGCGCAAAGCACAACAGAACUGAAGGAGGAGUGCAAGGACUUUAUAGAAAAAAUAGGCCAGUUCCAAAAAAUUGUUGGUGGUUUAAUUGACAUAGUCGAUCAACUUGCUAAAGAAGCAGAAAAUGAAAAGAUGAAGGCCAUAGGUGCUCGAAAUCUUCUGAAAUCAGUUGCUAAGCAAAGAGAAGCUCAACAGCAGCAGCUCCAAGCUUUAAUAGCUGAAAAGAAAAUGCAGCUUGAAAGGUACCGGAUAGAAUAUGAUGCACUGUCAAAAGUAGAAGCUGAACAAAAUGAGUUCAUUGAUCAGUUCAUUCUUCAGAAAUGAAGUGGGAACAAGAGACCCUAACAAGAAGCGUUUUAACUGUAAUGUUGCAGUGACUAUUCCAUUAUGACAUUCCUUCAAAACAGUGAUUUUACACAAUGUGUAAUCUUGCAUUGCCUUUUCAUAUUUAUUGAAUAUAUAUCAAGCAGUUAUUUCUAUAAUGUAGAUGUGUAUGUGGUUUAUUCCGACUACAUAAACAAUUUUGAAUGCACAAUUUUAAUAACUACAUUUUUAGGAUGACAUUUCCAUAAGCAUCAAAACACUAAUUCACAUGUAAAUAUUUUGUUAGCCCAGAUUAUUAUAUAUAUUUGUUAUCAUACAUAAAUAGUUCCUUCAACUUGUGAGACCAUGGUCUAUAAAGUUUGCAUUUGAGUAGUCUUUUGUCAGAAUUAAUAAAACUGAUUGUUGAAGCUGAGUCUUACCUCUCGCAGCCCUUUUGGGUGAUCCUGUGCACUACAUAGUUACCUCUGAUAUAAUGGAUGCUGAAAACAAACUUUCAGCAAAACUAGCCAGAGUGAGGGUUUAAUAUGCAACCCCCAUCAGGAAAUAUCAAUAUUUGACAUUGGGCUGUAAUUGGGUUUGACUGACCUGUCAACCUCUUAUUUAAAGGAAUUAAUGUAGUUUCAAUGUUGCUGGCUUACCCUGAACUACAUUCUCCCUCUCUAUCCUCAACACUAUAGAUGUUUUAUGGCCUUAUUCAUGAAGUGGGAGAGAUUAUUUUAGAGUAAUUUCAUGUAUGUGUGAAGCAUAUGCAUGCUUUCCUCAUUGUUAGCAUCCUGGUGAUAUGAAAGAAACAGAUUUGGCGUAGUGCAAAGCAAAUCUGCAUGUCUUUCCUUUUUAUUAUUACUCAACUACAUCUGUUUCAAAAUUAAUUCAUAUCAGGUGCUGGAUCUGUUUCAGUGUAGAAAAUUCUUGGAAAUAUUCCACUUACAGGCAUACAGCAUGGAAACAGACCCUUUGGUCCAAUUAGUCCAUACCGACCAUGUUCUCAAACUAAAUGAGUACAGCUUGUCUGCAUUUAGCCCAUCUCCCUCCAAACAUUUCCUAUUCAUGUAAUUAUCCAAAUGUCUUUUAAAUGUUGUAACUGUGCCUGCAUUCAUCACUUCCUCUAGCAGUUCAUUCCACACACACCAUCCAGCCUAUUUUUAUAACUGAAGACAUUCCAUUCCCAGCAAUAUCUUUGUAAAUCUUUUCUGAACCCUCUCCAAUUCAAUAAUAACCUUCCUAUAGCAGGAAGACCAGAACUGCGCACAGUAUUCCAGAAGACUCCUCAUCAAUGUUCAGUACAACCUCAACAUGACAUCCCAACACUUAUUUAAAAAAAAAUAAAUCUGAUCAAUUCCUCUCGAGAAUAGCCACAAACAUGUAGGUUUGAGGAUCAUGAUACUAGUGUGAACGAAAAUUCAAUCACCCUUACUGAAGUAAAUUAUUAGGAUAACUAUUUCACAGCAAUCUUGUGGAAGUUCACUUACUAUCUGUCACACUAAUGCAUAUUUAAUAUAGCCAAUGCUCCUUUAUCGAGGAUGACUAGUGGUGAAUACACAGUUAGUAAGCAUCUUAGUUGGUCCAAUAAUAUACAUUGUUGUCUCAAACUAAAUGCCUUCCUCGUCCAAAGUUUUCCAACAGAAUUUCACUUAGCUUUGAUUAUAUACUGCAAUAAUAAUUGUGCUUAAAGAAUGCCAGAAUAUCUAUUUUUCAGUGUUUCUCAAUUUAUAUUAUAUACAGUGCCUUUACAUACAGCUGUAGAAGCUAUUUUAAUGGUUUUUUUGUGUUCACAUUUUUAAGUUAAGCAAAGAGUACUUGAGUAUCUGAGUUAUGAAAGAAUAUUCAGCCAGCACAGUAUUCCAGGACCUAAUCAACUGUAUUUUUUUGUCUUAAUCUGACCCCUCUGGUCAGACUCUGGAAUUUGGGAAAAAAUUCUUCUGAAUGCGUCAAUAAAGUCAAUAUUUAAUGGGCCAAGUAGUGGUCCAUUUUAUAGCUCUUACUUUAACAAUAUUUCUCUGGUAGAAGCGUGAGUAACAUAUCAUGGAAACAAAAACUCUUGCAGUGUCCACUCCAGGGUGCACAGUGUCCUGAGUUGAAUAUGUACCAUUGCCCCUUGCUGUUUGUUUAAUUAAAGUUACAGAAUGUCCCCAGCUGAAUACAACUCUGUCAGUACCAACACCAUAAGGAUUGCAGUGUUUCAAGGUAAUUAGUUAUAGACAAUUAAUACAACACUGUAUCACCCAUAUCCUAAAAACAAAUAAAAGGUUUUCUUGUCCUAA